UCCCUUCUGUUUUACAUUUAGCGUAAGUAAUUGAAAGGUCAAAAGCUAUACGCUCCGAACGAGCCAAUGAAAAUUUAGAAUAGAGAAAGAGCCUAUCAGAGGUUCAGAUACUUAAGAACCAAUCAGGAUCUGCAAAUGUGAACCUUCAUUUACAUAUUCACAAUAUAAAUACGGAGGCCGCUGUACCUGGGGUACACUUUAUACUUUGUCCCUGAGACUUGGUAUUAAGUAUUACGAUGCCUGAGCCGGCGAAGUCCGCUCCCGCCCCAAAGAAGGGCUCCAAGAAGGCCGUGACCAAGGCGCAGAAGAAGGACGGCAAGAAGCGCAAGCGCAGCCGCAAGGAGAGCUACUCGGUGUACGUGUACAAGGUGCUGAAGCAGGUGCACCCCGACACGGGCAUCUCGUCCAAGGCUAUGGGCAUCAUGAACUCGUUCGUCAACGACAUCUUCGAGCGCAUCGCCGGCGAGGCGUCCCGCCUGGCGCACUACAACAAGCGCUCGACCAUCACGUCGCGGGAGAUCCAGACGGCCGUGCGCCUGCUGCUGCCCGGGGAGCUGGCCAAGCACGCCGUGUCCGAGGGCACCAAGGCCGUCACCAAGUACACCAGCUCCAAGUAA